CGAGCUAACCGCCAAAGAGUAAGAAAAAAAUCCAUAACGGCCAAAGUAAGAUGGAGGGAAAAAAUGGACACGCGUCGCAGUGUGAUAGGUAUGGUUUUGAGAAGUUAUAACUGAAAGGCACUAUAAGAGAUUAGUGAUCACUUGAUGGAACGUGCAUUUCUUGUUGAAGAAGCUUCUGAGUUCUGAGCUGAGAUAAAGAGAUCGGAGAGAGUAGCUAGCUAACUACGAAAGUUGAGUUCAACAAUAGUCGCUGAGAAAGAGAGAGGAAAAGCGCACGCGAAGGAAGAGAGAGCUCGCAAGUUGCAAUAAUGGAGGUGAUAUUGAGUGCUGAUGCUGUUAGUGCUGAGAACAACAACGAGGCGAAUCAUCGUCGUAAUGAAAAGGAGGAGAAGAAGAUCGUUCGCAUUCAGGUUUCCAAAACCAAGAAACGCCUCGAUUUCUACCUCAACCUUUCUAAGAGGUAUAUAAAGCAGAACAAUGACGUCGCUCUCUGCGCACUAGGCAUGGCUAUUCCAACUGCUAUACUCAUCUCUGAAAUUCUGAAACGCAAUGGGUGGGCAACUGAGAAAAAUUUAGCGAUAGCCACUGUUGCCGCUAAAGUCAAGGAAGGCCGGGCGAUUCACAAGCCUAAGAUUGAGAUUGUUCUGGGUAAGGAUAAUGAAGUUGACGGAAGCACUGUUGCUGAGACAUUGGAGAAUGGUGCUGAGAAUAAGGCGUAAAAGUAGUGGAGUCGUGCAUGAUGAUGCUUCUCCGCAUCUUCUGUAUGCAAUGGAGUUAGAACCUGUAUAUGUUCGUUCGUUCAUUCUGUUAAUCUUUUUCUUUCUUUCUUCUGGGAUGAGGUGAUAAAAUGCAAAGUGUACUCUACCCACGCAUUCAGAUCUUUCAAUGAUACUUCAUACUAUUACUGAAUCACAAUGAAAUGAAAUGCGCGCUAGGUGUAUUGUUUCUGCCA